AUGUCCGACGAAAUUAAAGCAAAGGAAUACUUGGAUAAGGCAGAGAAGAGAAUCAAGGGAGGAACGCUCAUGGGUAUCUUUGGUGGAGGUUCUUCAAAGUUUGAUGACUCUGCCUCUGACUUUACAAAGGCUGCAAACCUAUACAAGAUGUCAAAGAAGUGGGAUCAAGCAGGAGCAGCAUUCCAGAGAGCAGCAGAGUGCUAUUUGAAGGCAAACAGCAAGCAUGAUGCUGCUACAUCAUAUGUUUCUGCAUCUGCUUGUUACAAGAAGGGAGAUGUUUCAAAGGCUGUGUUGACAUUGAAGGCCGCCAUCGAGUACUACACCGAUGAGGGUCGUUUCUCGAUCGCCGCCAAGCACCAGAAGGAGAUUGCUGAGCUCUACGAGGCUGAGGGUGACCUCGACCAGGCCAUCGCCAGCUACCAGGUCGCCGCCGACUUUUUCGAGGGCGAGAACUCCACCGUGUCCUCUCACCAGUGUCUCUUGAAGAUUGCUCUCUUCUCUGCACAGUUGGAGCGCUAUGACAAGGCUAUUGAGAUCUACGAGCAGGUUGCUUCGGCUUCGCUCGACAACAACCUCACCCAAUGGGGUUGCAAGGAGUACUUCCUCCGUGCCGGUCUUUGUUACCUUGCCUCAGACGACGUUGUAUCUGCUGAGCGUUCUUUGAUGAGAUACAAGGAUAUGCAGGCAUCUUUCUCAUCAUCAAGAGAGGCUCGUCUGUUGGAUGACAUUAUCCAUGCCAUCAAGGAUAACAAUGUAGAGAACUUCACCGAUGCAGUUGCUGACUUCAAUAACAUUAGUCCAUUGGAUUCAUGGAAGACAUCGAUCUUGCUGAGGAUCAAGAACACCAUCAGCAAAGACAAUGAAUCAGUAAUGUAA